AAAAUUACACAUUCCAACACCAAUAAAAUUACACAUUCCAACACCCUUGGGUUGAAAACUUAUCUUAUAUAGACGCAACCCUGUCUAUAUGGAAAGCAGAUCUCAGCAGGGCUGCAGUGGGCACCUCGCAAACCAGCAGCUCCGAAAGAUGUCAGGCAUGGAGUUGACAAGUAUGUGCUUGUUGCUCUUCACAACUUUCACUGGAUUAUUCAGUUUGACACACUCAAAUCCAGAUGGCUUUCUCAACAUCAACUGUGGCGCCAUUGAUAACAUAACAGACAAAUUUCAAUUAGACUGGAUUUCCGACUCCCCUUUCAUUAAAACUCGCAAAGUUUCGACGUUGCGUUCAUCAGGAAUCAUUUAUUUGCAAUUCUUGACAUUCGCCUAUUUUCCAAAUCUAGAAGUCAAAAAAUAUUGCUACUUGCUCCCUGUGAAGCCGCGUCUGAAUUACUUAGUAAGAGCAUCUUUUUAUCCUGAUUCCACAACUCCUUUGGCAAGAUUCUUUGAUUUAGCUAUCGAUGGAAUCAAGUGGAGGAAUGUCAACCUAUCUGGUAUAGACAAUGUGACUGUCAUAUAUUACGAGAUCAUCUUGGCCGCCAAAAGAGAGAGUCUGAGUUUAUGCCUUGCGCGCAAUUCUCAAACAGAACAAAAUAGCUUUGUUUUCAUUUCAAGCAUUGAGCUGCGGCCACUCGAAUCUUCCAUGUAUAAUUCAACGGAUUUCCAAAAUAGUGCCUUAGAUCUCAUAGGAGAUCGCAUAUAUUUUAAUGAAUCUUCCCACCCACUACACAGGUACCCAGACGAUCCAUUUGACCGCAAAUGGUCAUCCUUAAAAGCACGUGACAGCACAGUAAAGAUUGCUCCUGAGGACGACCAGAAAAAAUCUUUAGGAAGCGAGUUUGUGAAUAAACCGCCCCUGAACGUGUCAAGGACUGCUAUUGCAAUGGAAACAGUCACCAAUAUGACUAUUUCACACAUAUUUCCGGAUUUCUCUGACCCAGGAAUUUACUCUUUUGCAAUUUAUUUCUGCAACAUCAACCGGACAAACCUCAGUCAGAGAUUUGUGGUCUUCAUUAACGAAAACCAAAUAUCAGAUUUUCUAGAGAUGAAAUAUUUGGAAUGCCGUCAAGUGAAUAAAGAUUUAUAUCUUGACACUCCUGAUCCUAUAAACAUAAUUUUACAACCCAUUUAUCCAUCUGAGUUGGGACCCUUCAUAAAUGGAGCAGAAAUGUAUAGGAAGCUGGAGGUGCAGACGACUACAUACUCCGGAGAUGUGGCUGCUAUCAGAAAAAUAGGAGAGGCAAAAACUUUUCCAGACGAUUGGACAGGAGGAGAUCCAUGUCUGCCAGCUGAUUAUUCAUCAACAGGGAUAAUCUGCAACCAAGACGAUCCUCCGCGAGUCAUUAUCAUAAAUCUAACAAGCAUGCAUCUCGAGGGCACAAUACCUACAAAUAUAGCAGACUUAACAGCACUUAAAUACUUGCUGCUAGGAAAUAAUAAUUUAUCCGGCCAUAUUCCGGACCUCAGCUCAUUGAAGAACCUUAGAAAACUGCAACUGCAAAACAAUCAACUUACGGGAGGAAUUCCAAGAUCAUUAGAGAAGCUUCAAAUGUUAAGCCAACUAUUUCUACAGGACAACAAAUUAGAGGGAACCGUCUCAAAAGGAUUAGUGAGACCUAGCUUGAAUCUAGGCGUUGAUCCUCAAAAUGCUAUUCCGGGAGGCAGCCGCAAAUUUAAAGGUUGGGUUAUCGGACUUUUAAUUGGGUGUUCGGUAGUGUUAGUUUUAGUCAUUCUUUCCGGAAUUUUUCAAUGGAGGCACAAACACGCAUCGCAAUCAUUUCCAACCACAGAUGAUCCAACCUUGUCAAAACAAUACCUUUUUGCAGAUGAAAGAAAUCAAAAUAACUAUCACAGGGUGGCUAUAGAAUACACAGAGGAAGAUAUUAAAACUUCUACCAAUAACUAUUCCACACUCGUUGGUAAGGGAAGCUUUGGAUCUGUAUUUUAUGGCAGACUUUCGGGAUAUGAGGUUGCAGUCAAAAUACUUCACAUUGAUUCUAAUCAAGGCCGGCAAGAAUUCCAGAAUGAGGUAGCUAUACUGUCAAGAAUAUAUCACAAGAAUCUUGUAAAUCUUAUUGGGUAUUGCAAACAAUCCAUAAUGGCAUUGGUCUAUGAAUACAUGCCGUGUGGAGCAUUAACUGAUCAUCUAUAUGGCGUUGCCAAAUUGAAAACGCCGCUUGAUUGGCAUGCGAGACUGAAUAUUGCUCGACAAGCGGCGGAUGGUUUGCUAUAUCUGCAUCAGGGUUGCUAUCCUCCAAUCAUACACAGAGAUAUAAAAUGUAAUAAUAUACUGUUGGAUAACAGAAUGUCUGCCAAGCUAGCCGACUUUGGCAUGUCAAAACUGUUAGAGAGUUCCAUUGGAUAUAUACCAACCGAAGUCAAAGGAACCAUGGGUUAUAUUGAUCCUGAAUACUUUGCAACAUCAUCAUUAAAUGAGAAGAGUGAUGUAUACAGUUUCGGAGUGGCUUUAUUUGAGAUUAUUUCAGGAGUCUCACCCAGGGAGGGAAUAGUAAAAUCGGCACACAAUCUACUUUCAUGUGGAAAAAUAGCAGAGCUUAUGGAUCCUUCACUGUGUGGCCGAUAUGACGUAGAAUCAGCUUGGAAAGUUGCAGAGAUAGCAUACAUGUGCGUGGAAAUUGAGUCAAUGAAUAGACCCAAAAUGAGUACGGUGGUGAAAGAAUUAGAAGAAGCUGUGAAACUUGCAUAUGGUGCUAAAAAUUAUUCUGCUUCAUAUACCGUGGCGUCUUUUAAUAUUGGUGACAUGCCCAGCCUUAGGUAGUAAGAUCUUAUAAUAGUAAUUAGUUGGCUUACAGCUUUUAAAGCACAGUUGUAAUCGCAGAAUGUUCUGUGAGAAGGAUAAAUAUUAUUCAACAGCUUUUAAACUCCUGUUUAUGUCGAGAUAUCGACUGUACUUUUAAUGUUUCUUUAUGAGCUUAACAAUAAUUAUAAUCA